UUUUUACACGCGGCACCGAGCGACUCCGGUUUCGCUGGUGAAGAUGUCGCUGGCGCGCUUUCUCUCCGUCCUCCUGCUGUUGACCCUCGACCCGCCGCUCUGGGCGACUAGGCUCAUCCCCGGCCGGGUCUCGGGUGCCACCAACAAGUUCACCAACAAGGACAAGAUGCAGUGCACCUGGAACGCGACGGGGCCCGAGGAGAAGAUGACACUGUCGGUGACGUGUGAGAACCCGGAAGCGCGGAUCAUCGGCGGGGAGACCGACCUCCAGUGCGACUACAACGGCAGACCCGCGCUGUGCCCCGGCUUCCGCUCGAACCCGCGCGUCUACUGGAAGCAGGUGGCUCGCGCGCUCAAGCGCCUGCAGGGGAAGUUAUGCAAGGACAGGCGCGCGCUGGUGAAAGCGGGCACGUGCAAGAGCGCGCCCCGCGACACCCAUUUCAAGCUCGUUCUUGGAAGUGCCGUUUCCAGCGCGCAGUCCGGAGGCAUCGACAUCCCGCCGCCGCCUGGAUCCACGGUCUGCACCAGGACGCACCGGCAGACGGCGGAGGAGUACUGCAGCCACACGUGGGCGAGCGUGUGCACCUUCUUCCUGGCGAUGCUGCAGAAAGAGAACUGUUGAUCUGUUUGUGCCUUGCUUCGUAUUUACGUUGUACCUUUCUUUGGUUCCUGUCGAGCGGUCUUGCGGGUAUUCAUUGUGCUCAUAACUGUCAUUGAA